AAUAUUUUGAUAAGUUUGAAUAAUAAUUACUGCAGACAGAUUCAGUCUCCACGUGCGCAACCCUCCACCGCACGUGCGCAACCCUCGACGUCACGUGCGCAACCCUCGACGUCACGUGCGCAGCCCGAGACUUCACGUGACGAACCCACGAUAUUUCAUACACCUAAUGAAAAUUACGAUUGGGGGCUAUCUACGUCCUAUGCAAAUUGGAAUGAAGUUCUUGAUAAUCUAGUCGAGGAAGGAGAUGAUAACGACGGUAAUCAGGACGAUGCCCCCAUUCAUAAUGAUGGUAAUCAGGAUGAUUCACCCAUUCGUAAUGACGAUAAUCAGGAUGAUGAACCCAUUCAUGAGGACGACGAUUGGAAUGAUCUAGCUGCCGACAUUGAAGAUGAUCACGAUGGUGGAUUAAAUUGCCUCGCGAAUGCCAUUUACAGUUUGAAUGAUGACCCGCAUGUAAACAACGAAUAUGUAGACAAUCCUGACGAAGAGCUUGAUUUCAUUGACCAUCCGGAGCAAUUUCCUACAGAUAACAAUUGGAUACAAGAGUAUGUUGUGAAUUCGAGUGAGUUCGAUGUUAGACGUACCAAUUCCGAUCUACCUAGCAUUGACGGCACUUGGCUCCGUGAAAUCUUUAAAGAUAAGGCAUCUUUAGUGGAUGCUCUAGAUCGAUGGCACAUUACUCACAAUGUUCAGAUGAAAGUUUUGAAAUCUACCAAAACAACUUAUACAGUGAAAUGCACAGUUGAGGGAUGUCCUUGGAGGUUACACGCUUCGGUUCCUAAAGAUGCAACAUAUUUCAGAGUUAAGACAUAUGCGGGUCAACACACUUGUGUUAUUCCAAUGCUAAAUGCGGCGCACCGUAAUUGUACUUCAAAUCUCAUAUGCCAAGUAAUUCUCCCGUUAAUGAAGGCAAGACUAAAUAUGACGCCAAAAGAAGUGCAGGAAACGGUGCGAUCCACUUUGCAUGUUCAAAUAAGUUAUUGGAAGGCAUGGCUGGCAAGGAGCAAAGCAUUACAGAUUAUUUACGGGAGCUGGGAGCAGUCAUACACAGACUUGCCUCGGUAUCUUACUAUGCUACAGAGUACUAAUCAUGGAACUUUUUGGCGGCUUGAUCAUAGAUGGCCAUCAGAGGGAAUAUGUCAGUUUGGCCGUGUUUUCUGGUCAUUUGCUCCUUCUAUUCAGGGAUUCGCACAUUGUCGGCCUGUGGUGAGCAUUGAUGCCACUCACUUGUAUGGCAAAUACGAAGGCCAUGCAUUGAUAGCGACGGCUGUCGAUGCGAAUGAUAGCAUUUUUUCCUUGGCUUUUGCAAUUUGCGAAGGCGAAAAUGGUAGAAGUUGGCGUUGGUUUUUACAUAACUUGGGGCAUUAUGUUAUACGCAAUCGACCGGUUUGUUUUAUAUCCGAUAGAUUUAGUGGCUUAAAGGAAAUAGUGGCUGAGUUAUAUCCCACUCGACAGGGGCAUGCACACCGGUGGUGUCUUCGACACAUGAAAGCAAAUAUGGCUAAGCAGUUAAAAAUGAUUUAUUAUUAG